AAACCAUUAAUUACAAAUAUUAUUUUUAACGAAUUAAACUUGAAACUAAACAAUUGAAUAACGUAAAUAAUUAUGUAGAUUCAAAAACAUUAAACUAGAUCUUUUUUUUAUUACAUUUCCAUUAUUUUCAAAAUUUAAAAGUUAUACAAUGUUAAACGUAAAAAAUACUGUUUGCGACACUCGUUGUCAACAAUUUCAAAAAGAAGCUGUGAGCAAAGAAGAAAGGUUAAAAUCAAAAUGGUUUAUAAAAAAUCGGCAGCUUCUCUAUGAUAAUUUAGAAAAAGACAAAUUUUUCAAAAAACAUAAAAAUUUGCUGCAAAAGAAAACCGAUAUCAAAACUUCUAUACAAGAUGCAGAAGAGCCCGUAGAAAUUGUUAAAAAAUCAAUUUUAUCAUGGAGGCCUUCAGAAAAAGAUGUAAAUUUUGCUUUAAUGAAACCUAUUAAAUCAACAGUAAAAGAUAUUCUCUAUGCGCCAAAAGAUGCAAGUUUCAUUUCUAAAAAGAAAUAUUUUCAAGAACGCCUGAAGGAAAAACCAGAGGAUAAAUUUUAUUAUCCUUACUGUUCAAGUUGGGUUUGUGGAUGGCGGUUAAAGGAUUAUCCUUCAACCGUUACAUCGAAAUAUGGUGUCAGAUCCGUUAUACAAUCAUCAUUCUAUCGUCGAAAUGCUUCGAGCAUACAACGAGAUCCUGAUUGGUAUCGAAUGUGUCAGAUCGGUGAUCCAAAGAAUUUUAACGAUUUAUUAACUUAUUAACUGAAUAAAGUAUACU